AUGUGCGAAGACAAAGUGGAUCUCCACCGCAUGGAGGCAGCUCUGGUGGAUGAGACCGGACCGCUCGGGGCGAGGGAGCCGGCCCUGUUCGAGCGGCUCGUUCAGCCGUGCGCGGCGGAGCUGCUGGGGACCGCUCUCUUCGUCUUCGUCGGCUGCGUGUCCGUGAUCGAAAGCGCGCCCGACGCCGGGAGACUCCAGCCCGCGCUGGCUCACGGGCUCGCGCUGGCGGCGCUCGUCGCGUGCAUGGCGCGGAUCAGCGGUUCCCAUCUCAACCCGACAUUCACCCUAGCCGUGUUCCUCUGCGGAGGCCUGGAGCUGAAGAUGGUGGGCCCGUACGUGGUCUCCCAGCUGACCGGGGGUUUGCUCGGUGCACUCAUGGCCAGCGGAAUGACCUCAAAUGAGAAGUACGCUCAGGCCCGAGGCGCAGCGUUCGCGGUUCUCCGGGCCGAGGACCCGAUCACGAAAGCUCUGUUUGGGGAAAUGGCCAUGACGUGUCUGAUCACCACCGUGGUCUUGCUGGGUGCAGUUAAUGCCAAGAGCAGAAGCCCUUUGCUGCCGUUUUCGGUGGGCUGCGCGGUCAUCGUUAACGUGCUAGUGGGGGGGGACGUGUCCGGGGCGUGCUUGAAUCCCGCACGAGCUCUGGGUCCUGCGGUGCUGACCGGCUACUGGACGCACCACUGGGUUUACUGGGUGGGCCCCAUCACCGGUGGCCUCAUCGCUGCCGCUUUAGUCCGGUGAGACCAGAGAGACAAGCUUUGUGAGUUCAGCCCGGUCUGGGUUAAGGUACGCUAAUGAAGCCAUUUUUCCUUCUCUCUCAGAACUGUGCUCGGAGACAGCAACACCCGUCUACUGAUGAAGUGACAUCCUACGCCUUCUUUUAAGUGCACUAGAGUCAAAUUGUUUCCGAGUCGUCCCAUCAAUUACACUUCUUCGCCCGCUUUGUAACUCUUAAGAAGUUCAAGAUCUUGCUACGUGAAGCCGGAAAGGGGCCAGAAGGCUCAUUGUUUUCAAUAAUGACUGUUUUUGGAUUGUUGUAGGGGUAGGUUUAGGGUAUAGACAAUAAAACACAGUCUAAUAUUGGCGGGAAAUGUAACUAAUAUUUUUAAAUUGAUAAUGCAGCGUUAAUUCUUUUCGCAUGAAAAUAAACGACACUCGCACUUCAACGGCUUUCUGUUCAU